AAUAGCAGGUCUUCCUGGCCUCUGGUGACUGCAGACACCUGAGCUGUACACACAGAGCAGAGCAUGGCCGGCCCGCGGGCAUCUCUCCUGGUGGCCCUCAUCCUCCUUUCUGUGGCGCUUCAGGCAACGGAUGCAGGUCCCUAUGGCGCCAACGUGGAAGACAGCAUCUGCUGCCGGGACUACAUCCGCCUCCCGCUGCCCCAGCGUCUGGUGAAGAGCUUCUACUGGACCUCGGACUCCUGCCGCAGGCCUGGUGUCGUCUUGCAGACCAUCAGGGACCGCGAGAUCUGUGCCAACCCCAGACAGCCCUGGGUGAAGAGGAUCCUUCAGCAGCUACCAGCAUAAGAGGGUUCCCCAGAGGACCCCGGCCUUGGCUUCUCCAGGAAGGCUCAGCGAGCCCUACCUCUCCACCUUUACAGCAGCUGCCAAGCAGAAGUGAGCUCUGUCCCUGCAGCCGUCCCCUCAGCCAGGCCUCCCUGUCACUUCCCUUCCCCUCCGGCUUCCCACUGCUCCCAAGCCCCUGGGCCUGCUCCCAGCCCUCCGGGUCUGGUGGCCUCUGUCUCGGCCUCGCCCCUUCCUGCCUGCACUGAGCUACAGUCUCCCUCCCCGAUCCCAGGCCCUCCUUCUACUCCUGGGCAUGUCCAGCUGCACCAGCCCUCUAAGGCCUCGCUGGCAGGCAGUGAUCAAGUUUCAUUUUGUGACUUUCCUGGUCCUCCACAGACUCACCCUCAGUCUGCUCAGAAUUCUUGGGAUCUGGGACCUGGCUGUCCGGCUCUGUUGGUUAGACCAAGGUCUCCACCUGCGUUACUCUUGUCUCCUGGCCUCCAGGUCCAGGCCCUGAAUCUGAGAUUAACAAGGGGUCACAAGCUGAAUCAAUAAAAGUAAUGUCCCCCCACCUCUCACCCCCCAAAAGGGAAGUUAGCCGUCAGUACAGGCUCAGGUCAUUAGGCAGGGGCCACAGCUGCGUUAAUUGUGAAUUCCCAAAUUUGCUCAGAUUCAACCCCCCCCCCCAUUUUAACUAGGUACUGGGUCUUUUGUGAAAUCCUUAUUUUUUAAUUAUUUUGGCUCUGGAAUUGAACUAGGCAAGUGCUCCAACACUGAGCUGUGUCCCCAGCUUGUCUAGGGGCUUCUUGCUCUUUUUCUUCCCUCAGACUUUUUGUGGUCCUCUGACAGACAUGGACACUCAGGCCUGACCUCCUCAGAGGCCACCCCACACCACUUCCCGCCUCCUUCCCUAAAUAGCUGAUAACCGAAUUCAUGCUAUGGUGUCAAUGACUACCUGACUUGGGAUUAUAAGCUCCAGUGAUAUUUAUAUAUGAAAAGAAAGUAACUACUUAAGAGGGAACGAAAUGAAAUGGGAGAAUAGGGGGAUUGUGUGGGAGGGGACAAGGUGGAAUUUCCUGGCCUGUGAGGCGACUGGCUGGGUGGGGCAGCUGUGGGGGGCUUGUUCGCAGGUGGUUGGGGCCAGGCUAAGAACUGGGAUUUGGGACUUUCUGUGCCUCCCUGAGGACACCAGUGUCCCAGGUGGUGGGAGUCCUUUCUGAAGGACUCAGUGGGCCAUUGGAACUGUGUGACCCCGGAGGAGCCGGGUUCCCUCUCCAAGCCUCACCUGAGGAAGGAAGAUGAGAGAAACCACCUGAGGGGACUGUGAAGGCCCCAGGUCAGCGAGCAGGGAUGGACGCUUCGCCAGCCCAUCUGCUGGGUCUCUCGGGGCCUCUGUCUCUCCAGGAGCCCCCGGUCACCCGCCUGCCUCAGGCCCUGAGUGUGCUCACCUGCCUGCUGCCUGUGAACAGAGCCCUCGAGUGCCCUGGGGUCCCCUCCCCUGCUGCCCACCCUUGCCUCCCAGACCUUCUGGAAAAUAAAUCCUCUUAACUAG